AUGUCCGGUUUGGCAAAGUACGUUCCCAGCACCGUGAAGCUGCUCUCCAAGUCGGGCAGCGUGAGCUCCAGCUCCCUCGCCGGGAAGACGGUGUUCUUUUACUUCUCCGCCUCUUGGUGCCCGCCCUGCCGCGGCUUCACCCCGGUUCUGGCGGAGUUCUACGAGAAAUUCCAUGAAUCAAAGAACUUCGAGGUUGUACUCGUUAGUUGGGACGAGGAGGAGGAGGCCUUCAACGCGUACUUCGCCAAGAUGCCGUGGCUUGCGAUCCCCUUCACAAGCCGCGACGCGCUUGAGGCCCUUCGAAAUACGUUCAACGUGGAGAGUAUCCCCAAGCUCAUCGGUGUCAAUGCCGACACGGGUGCCGUGGUUACCACCAGUGCACGCGAACGGCUUGUGAGCGACCCGGAGGGCAAGAGCUACCCAUGGGCGUAG